AUCUUUCUCCUGCAGAACGACACAGAUGAAGAAUGUCCCACGUUCACCAAACUAGGCUUUCACAAUGCCGUGGUUGGUACAGGACUAAAUGUGAAACUGAUUCUCUACACAAGGAAAAACCCAACCUGCGCACAAGCCAUCAACACCACAGUUUUUGGGAACUUGAAUGUGACCAAGAAAACCACCUUCGUUAUUCAUGGAUUCAGACCAACUGGAUCUCGUCCAAUUUGGAUGGAAGACUUAGUAACAGGUUUACUCUAUGUAGAGGACAUGAACGUCAUUGUUGUUGAUUGGAACCGAGGAGCAACAACUGUAAUAUAUGUGCACGCUUCAGAAAAAACCAGAGAUGUUGCCAAAGUCUUGAAGGAAUUUAUUGACCAGAUGUUGGUAGAAGGAGCUUCUCUUACUGAUAUUUACAUGAUUGGAGUAAGUCUAGGAGCCCACAUAUCUGGGUUUGUUGGAGAAAUGUUUGAUGGGAAGCUGGGGAGAAUCACAGGUCUUGACCCUGCAGGCCCUUUAUUCAACAGUAAACCUCCGCAAGACAGAUUAGAUCCUGGUGAUGCGCAGUUUGUUGACGUCAUCCAUUCCGACACUGAUGCACUGGGCUACAAGGAUCCAUUAGGAAACAUAGACUUCUACCCAAAUGGAGGAUUGGAUCAGCCUGGUUGCCCCAAAACAAUAUUUGGAGGAAUGCAGUAUUUUAAAUGUGACCACCAGAGGUCUGUGUACCUGUACCUUUCUUCCCUGAGAGAGAACUGUUCCAUCACCACAUACCCCUGUGACUCCUACCAGGAUUAUAGGGACGGCAAGUGUGUCAGCUGUGGUACGCCACCAAAGGACUCCUGUCCCCUCCUAGGCUAUUAUGCUGAUCAUUGGAAAGACUUUUUAAAAGAGAAUUACCCCCCUAUGACUAAAGCCUUCUUUGACACAGCUGAGGAGAAACCAUACUGCAUAUAUCAUUAUUUAGUGGAUAUUAUAACUUGGAAUAAGAAUGUAAGAAGAGGAUCUAUCACAAUUAAAUUGAAAGAUAAAGCUGGAAAUACUACAGAAUCCAAAAUUGAUCAUCGACCUGCAACAUUUCAGAAGUAUCACCAAGUGAGUCUGCUUGCAAGAUUUAAUCAAGAUCUGGAUAAAGUGGCAGCCAUUUCCUUAGUGUUCUCUACAGGAACUGUAAUAGGCCCAAAGUACAAGCUCAGGAUUCUCCGAAUGAAGUUAAGGUCCCUUGCCCAUCCAGAGAGACCCCAGUUGUGUCGGUAUGAUCUUGUUCUGAAGGAAAACGUUGAAACAGUCUUCAGACCGAUCCAUUGCCCAAAGUUGCAAAUGUAACUGUUGUAGAAAUUCAUGGCACCAGUAAUAUCAAGAAAACUACAACAAACUUUUUAAAA